AUGCGUUCGAGAGCUGCGAAGGCGACGAUAUCGAGCGAUGGUAACGUUCGCGACGAAGAGUACGCGGAAGAAGCGGCGGUGAAAUCUUCUUCCGUCUCCAUAAACGCGCGCUCGAACGAGACGAAUCCAACGACGUGGAUUCAGUUGCUCUGUGUAGGUAUCGUCGUCGGCGUGGUUCUAUCGUCGUCAAAGUCGUCUGCGGCGGCACAGAAAGUACACAGAAGCGUUAAAAAUGCGUAUCAGGCGCAUCAGAAAGCCAAGGAGGGGUAUUUGAAAGCAUAUAGAGCAAUGUAUUUGGAGACGAUUUUGGCGAGUACAACAAAAGAAGAAGAAGAAGAAGAAGAAGAAGAAGAAGACGUGGAAGACAGACAAAAUAACAAUAGUCUUGACGAGUACGGGUUACCUUUGGGUAACUCGUGGUAUUCGCACGUGCACAUUAUGAAAACGGCUGGAUCUUCGUUUGCCAAAGACAUAGCAAGGAGAUAUUACGGCGCCUGCGGGAAUAAAGGCGUUUCGUGCAUGGAAGAAUUAGAAGACACGGAAAAGAUGAUUGCCGUGUAUCAAAAGGACACCUGCUCGACUAAGGAGAAUUCUAUUUGGUCAACGAAAAACGCAGAGAAAAGAGGUUAUCAUAACUGCGCCAUCGUUUCCGAAGAAAUCCAUAUGUCUGAUUGGUCCAAAUGGAUAUUAAACUCAAUUAUUCACAAGAACGCCACGAAAGUUGCAUUGAUACCAUGCAGAGAUCCGGUAUCACACUUCUUUUCCAUGAACAAUUACAGGAAUGCGAACGUGACCAAAAUGUUUGAAGACGGCAAAUCAUGCGAAGAAGUGCUCAAUAAUGAAACCAUAUUCUAUAUACUUGAACCCCAAAGAUUCCAAAUUGACAUGGAUAACCCAACCGCGCCGUGGGAUAAACUCGUGCUGUUCAAGUUCGAUGCCAUCGAAAGCGUUUUGAAGCUCCUGGACAAGCACUUACCGCUUCGCAAUUUUCCUUUGGAGUCAAAGAAAAUCAUGCGAUCAAACAAAGAUAGAAACCCGAAGAAUGAGCAGUUAAACAAGUGCUCGGAGCAUGAUCUCGCUCUGGAGAUGAAAAAGUUAUGGUCGUAUUAUGAAUUUUGUGAAAAGAAUCUUCCCGAGGGGCGAGAUAUUGCAGUCGUGGAAGUUUCGAAAGACGGGAAAGUUUUGAUGUGA